UUUCUGGGACUGAUAUUCCACAGACAUGGCGUCUCGGGCGCUUGCACACUCGGUGCGCUCCAUCGCUCGCGCUUCUGCAAGGUUAAAUCAGGGCAAUGUGCUCACGAGAUCCGCCUGUGCACCCCGCGUGUCAACCCAACGACCACUCUCUGUCAUUUCAAGCAAUCAGCGGACGAGGUGGACUGAACUAGUGCGGAUUACAGAACCCUCUUUUCAGCUCUGUCGACAUUAUGGGGAUCUUCCACCUCUCACUAUAGAGAGCAUCCAAGACCGUGUUAUGUACGUCCUAAAACUGUACGACAAGAUCAAUCCGGAGAAGCUUCAAACAUCAUCACAUUUCAUGAAAGAUUUGGGACUGGACAGUUUGGACCAAGUGGAGAUUAUAAUGGCUAUGGAAGAUGAGUUUGGAUUUGAGAUUCCAGAUGCAGAGGCGGAGAAGCUUAUGACUCCUGCCGAGAUCGUACAGUACCUUGCAGAUAAAAAAGAUGUUUAUGUAUAGAGGCAUGUCAUAUUGUAUGGAAGAUUGACUCUCUUUUAAACAAUAUGGACAUGGAUCAACUGUAUUCCAGUGUUCAGUUUCUGUCUCUUACUUAUGGAGUCAACUGCUUUGUCCUGUGUACUUUUGUAUUUAAUGACGAUGUAUAAACUCCUUGGAGCUUGAGUUGAAAAUAAAACCAAGACAAAAUGGUAA